AUGUCACCAAACUUCAACAAAACCCUCAAGAUAUUGCCCGACUACAAGAGCUCCCAUAAGCCAUCAGGACCCCGCUUCAGCCGCCGUAGCUCUUCAAUACUACGAAUACCACGCAGGAUUCUAUUCAUCUCCUUGAUUAUCCUCAUUCUGGCUGCCAUAACGAAAUUCUGGUCUCGCAUUUCUCUUGUUUCCCAACAUCUCCCUUCAUCAAAAGCCCUCUCUUCAGCUCCCCAAAUGUCUACCUACAGUAAGGAAUUGGAGGUAGCCGAGUUAGCGGUACAAAGAGCUGCUAUCCUGACCAAGAAGGUUUUCCACGAGAAAGCCAAAGGCACCAUCUCUAAAGAUGACAAGUCUCCCGUCACAAUUGGAGAUUUUGGUGCUCAGGCUCUCAUAAUUCAAGCUAUUAAGAAGAACUUUCCGGAUGAUGAAGUUGUUGGCGAGGAGGAGGCUAGCACUUUGAGACAAGAUCACAAGCUACGUGAUGAGAUCUGGGCAUUGGUUGAAGGCACAAAUCUCACGGACACGAAUGCAGAAAAAGUACUUGGAGGUCCAAUCGAGACUGUCGACGCUAUGCUGAAUGCCAUCGAUGCUGGUAGCAGUGCUGGCGGCAGCAAGGGGAGGAUCUGGGCUUUAGACCCAAUCGACGGCACUAAGGGUUUUCUCAGAGGUGGACAAUAUGCCGUCUGUCUGGCACUUAUGGUUGAUGGAGAUGUCAAAGUGGGUGUGCUGGGAUGUCCUAACCUGCCAGUUGAUGAUUCUGCCCCUCUGACUGCAGAUGCUGGUGUGGACCAGACCGAUUCGGAAGGAAAGGGUAUCUUGUUCUCAGCGGUCUUAGACCAAGGUGCAACGAGCCGACCUUUAGGGACUGCUGGGCUGGCAAAGAGUCAGCCCAUUCACAUGAAGCCAGUCAAAGACAUUACGCUGGCAACCUUCUGCGAAAGUGUUGAAGCAGGUCACUCAUCUCACGGGGACCAGAGUGCCAUUGCAACGAAAUUGAACAUCAGCAAGCCUAGUGUCAGAAUGGACUCCCAAGCAAAGUAUGCUUCUAUUGCAAGAGGAGCUGGAGAUAUCUAUCUUCGGCUGCCCGUUAGCGCUACUUACCAGGAGAAGAUUUGGGAUCACGCAGCAGGAGAUCUUAUCGUCAGAGAGGCAGGCGGACAAGUCACGGACUCUCUAGGGAGAAGACUUGAUUUCAGUAAAGGCAGAACACUUGCUGAGAACAAGGGAGUUGUAGCUGCACCAGCAGCAGUCCAUGAUCAAGUUCUUGCAGUUGUCAUGGAGGUUCUCUACAAGAAAUAG